UCAGGCAACAAAUCUUCGUUUUUGGUCCUGCUUUCUCUUCUCAUCUCUUUGCUGCUCCUUGUAUUGGACCUCUCUCUAUCUUUCUCUCUUCUCUCUAAAAUCUCAAAGAGCUGUCAUAACCCAAUUUGGGAACAGCGCUCUGUUCUUGGGUUUCAGGGAGUGGAGUCGAAGGAGUGUGGGGGAAGGAAUUCUGAAAUGGCGGGGGUUUCGAGUGAGGAGGCUGGAGUGGGAAGGUCUGAGGAGGGGAUUUCGAGUGGACAGCGUUGCCAAUCAGGGGAUGCACUAGCAGAGUGGCGGUCUUCUGAGCAGGUGGAGAAUGGAACUCCCUCUACUUCGCCCCCUUACUGGGAUACUGACGACGACGAUGAUGGCUGGCCAAAACCUUCUGAGUUAUAUGGAAGGUACACGUGGAAGAUAGAGAAUUUUUCACAGAUUAGCAAACGAGAACUCCGUAGUAGUGCAUUUGAAGUUGGUGGCUACAAAUGGUAUAUUUUGAUUUAUCCCCAGGGCUGUGAUGUUUGCAAUCAUCUCUCCUUGUUUCUUUGUGUUGCGAAUCAUGACAAACUCCUGCCAGGCUGGAGUCAUUUUGCUCAGUUUACAAUAGCUGUUGUAAAUAGAGAUCCAAAGAAAUCAAAAUAUUCUGAUACUUUACAUCGGUUCUGGAAGAAAGAGCAUGACUGGGGUUGGAAAAAGUUCAUGGAGCUAUCAAAAGUGUCUGAUGGGUUUAAAGAUGGUGACACUUUGAUUAUAAAGGCUCAAGUUCAAGUCAUAAGGGAGAAGUCAGAUCGCCCUUUUCGAUGCCUUGAUUGUCAGUAUAGGAGAGAACUUGUGAGGGUAUAUUUGACAAAUGUAGAACAAAUAUGUCGGCGUUUUGUGGAAGAAAGACGAGGGAAGCUUGGGAGGUUGAUAGAGGACAGAGCUCGGUGGUCAAGCUUCUGUACUUUCUGGUUGGGAAUUGACCAAAAUGCAAGGCAACGUAUGUCUAGAGAGAAAACAGAUGUAAUUCUGAAAGUAGUUGUGAAACACUUUUUUAUAGAAAAGGAAGUCACAUCUACUUUGGUAAUGGAUUCCUUGUAUAGUGGAUUGAAGGCUCUUGAAGGGCAGGGCAUGUGCAAGAAAGUGAGGCCAAAGUUGUUGGAUGCUGAGGAAACACCAGCUCCUAUUGUUUAUGUAGAGAAUGAUAUGUUUGUUUUGGUGGAUGACGUGCUGCUGCUACUAGAGAGGGCUGCCUUGGAACCAUUGCCACCAAAAGAUGAGAAGGGUCCUCAAAAUCGUAUGAAGGAUGGUAGCUCGGGGGAAGACUUUAACAAGGAUUCAAUUGAGCGGGAUGAAAGGCGACUUACAGAAUUGGGGCGUAGGACUGUGGAAAUUUUUGUCCUUGCCCAUAUAUUCAGCAAUAAAAUUGAAGUUGCCUAUCAGGAAGCUGUUGCAUUGGAGAGGCAAGAAGAGCUAAUUCGUGAAGAGGAAGCAGCAUGGCUGGCUGAAAGUGAGCAGAAGGCUAAACGUGGUGCAGCUGAAAAGGAGAAGAAAACAAAAAAGAAACAGGCUAAGCAGAAACGGAACAAUCGCAAAGGGAAAGAAAAAAAGAGGGAGGAAAGGCCUAGUGCUGGUAAUUUGGACAAGCAUGAAGGAGAAAACCUGAGUGAAGAGAAAAAGGAAUCCAUUUCAGAAGAUGCUCAGCCUGUGCUUGAAAAGCCUGACAUGCUGGAAGAUAUUUCAGAUGUUUCUGAUUCAGUGGAUGGAGUUGCUGAAGUGCUUCAGCCUGAUUCAGAAGACAGGGAUACUGAUGCAUCUGAAGUUACUCCUGCCACAGAAGCCAGUAGCAGUGGAAUUUGUAGCCUAUCAUCUGUGCCAAAUGGUAUGGUUGAAAAAAGGAUUCUAAUGGAUGAUAGUUCAUCAACGUGUUCUACUGAUUCAGUCCCAUCAGUUGUGAUGAAUGGACCCUAUAGAGGGAACACCUUAAACUACCAAAAUCAAAAGUCACCUUGCAGAGGGAAGAACCAACGAGGUAAGGUGACACAUGAUGGUAGUAAUUGGGCAAAUGAAUCGGAUGAUCAGCCUUCUAGGUCUGCUACAGAUGCUGGGGAGCAUAAUGGUGUCUCUGAAAGCAAUAAGGAAGUCGUUCCAGUACAAAAGAAACUGAUUAGCAAAGUUCCAGUGGAUACAGAAAGACCUAAAGAGAAGACAGCAGUAUCAUCCUCUCCAAGAAGCCCACCUAGAAAUAUGCAGUCCACUGCUCAAUUGAAGUCAGAUCCGAAGAGUGCUGCCACUGCAGAUCCCGUUCCAAAUAUGAAAGCAGCUUCAAAUGGUCUGCAACAGACUGAUCAAGUAGCAGAAUUGAAUUCUUCAUCCCAAUCAACUAGCAGGGUUAGGUCUGAGAUCCAGAAGGCUGCUGUGUCAAAGCCGUCUGAAAAACCUCUGGAACAGAAGCCACCUAUGAUGUCAAGGCCUUCUAGUGCCCCUCUUGGCCCCGGCCCUCGCCCAGCUGCUCCUGUUGUUUCCAUGGUGCAUACUUCCCCACUACUUGCCCGUUCAGUUAGUGCAGCUGGGCGGUUAGGUCCUGAUCUCUCACCUGCUACUCAUAGUUAUAUUCCCCAGUCCUAUAGAAAUGCCAAAAUCGCAAGCCAUGUUAGUUCAAGUUCAUCUAGUUUAACUCAUCCCGGUUCUCUUAGUUUGGGGGUGAGUCCAUCACUUGCAUAUUCACCACAGCCUCCCAUGGUAUCUGCACCUAUGUAUAUACCCCAGAGCUCAGAAAGGAUGGAGCCAAACCCAGUCCAGUCAGGCUUUCCUUUUGGCAUGGUAUCUCGGGAUGUCUUACUGAAUGGGCACCAUUGGGUUGAUAGUUCCCAAAGGGAUGGCAACAGAAUGAUGCACCCUGAUCCUUCUUCCCUGGUCAAUGAUAUGCAAAACCUUGACUUAUACAAGCCUGUGCCCUUGGGACCCAGGGAGCACUUUUCUAAUGAGUUUCCUGCCUCUACAUCUGGAAGACACACCCAAGGUGGUUUGGCAGAUGAAUUUCCUCACCUUGAUAUCAUCAAUGACCUGCUUGAUGAAGAACACGGAGCUGGGGUGGCAGCUAGGGCGAGCACAGUCCUUCAGUCUCUCAGCAAUGGACCACACAUUUUAAAUCGACAGUUUUCUUUCCCAGGCGAUAUGAGGAUUUCAGGUGACUCAUCCAGCUCAUGUAGGUUUGAAAGGACAAGGAGUUACCACAAUGACGGAUUCCAGCGGGGGUAUAGUUCUUCUAGCAGCCAUUAUGAUUCAGCAAGGGAAUAUAUUCCCCAAACAAGUGCAGUGCACUAUUCAAAUGGGCAAAUAGAUGGAAUGGUUCCAACUCUCUGGCAGAUGACCGGUUCUGAUCUAUCAUUACUAGGUGUGAAGAAGGGGGAAGGUGACGGUUAUCCCUAUUUACACCCAGAGUAUUCAAAUCUGUCAUGUGGUGUUAAUGGAUACACGGUAUUCAGACCUUCAAAUGGAAAGUAAAGGAAGUUGCAACGGAUUUAGCCCUCCAAUUUGAGGGUUAUUUUUCCGUUGUAAUAAUGUAUUUGAGGGAAUUGUUGGGUAUUAGAUUUGGAGUGAGGAUGUAAUCUUUCCUUGAGGAGAAUGCUGUUUUGUAAAGAGUGUUUCUGCCUUUGUUUUAUCAAGUUAUUUAGUUUUUUUCCUUAGAAAAUGAGGCCGUGAUGUGUUUUGGUUUUUGGUUAAUGGUUGAUAAAUUUGAUUUAAA